AUGAAUGUGAUACGACAAAAUGAACAAAAUGAUAAUACACCUACUACAUUUAUAGUUAAAUUAUUUGAACUUGUCAAUGAUGAAAAAUCUAAAGACUUAAUUUGUUGGAGUAGAGAACAAAAUAGACCUGGAUUUGUUGUCUUAGAGUCAGUUCAAUUAGCAUCAACUGUUAUUCCCAGGUUUUUUAAACAUUCGAAUUUUAGUAGUUUUGUACGACAAUUAAAUAUUUACGGAUUUCAUAAAGUAGACCAUCCUCUUGGACAAUGUUUUCAUCAUCCAUUUUUUAAAGAAGGACAUCCUGAAUUAUUAUGUAAAAUUCGUCGUCAACAACCUAAACGUGCAGAAGCAGAAAAUGCAGAAAUGUAUCGUAGUUUAUUACAAAGAUUAGAAGAUUUACAAAAAGAGAGUGUAUCAACAACAAAUCAAUUACAACAACUUAAUAAUAUGUUAUUUUCAUUAAAAUUAAGAAUUGAUGAGAUGGAAGAACAAAUGCAAGGAAUGACAGAAUGUCUUUAUUUUAUUAACCAAGAUGAAAAUAGGUAUGGACAACAACAAAAAAGAAAUCCACCUUCAACUGGUAUAACAUGGAAUUAA